AUGAAGUUGAUUCUCUCCACCUCGAAUCUUAUGACAGGUGGCGGCUCGACCGUUAUUCGACAGCCGAUCACCGCAAAGUCUAACGUCGAACUCAUCAACGCGCUGCGAUCGAAUUUCCAGACAUCACAACAACUUUCUACAUCUACCGACCGCGCUCCAACAAGCGAGCCAACUCCGAAAGCCCAGCAAUAUCUUUCCUGGACUCGCGAGGAAAAUGACACUCUCUACAUACCUGCGAUCGAUUUCUCGCAACGAGGGUUAGCAGAAGAGCGGUGUCAAUACGAUAUUACGGUGAAAUUGUUCUACUUGCCCGGGAUCCCGGCGUCCAGACGAUGUGCACAUACACGGGAAGCGAUUGAUCUAGUAUUGAAGGAGUUACAUGUGGAUUCUAUCGAUCUUUUGAUAGUCUCUUUUCCCGGUAUCCUGUUUGAUGCAGAGGACGAUAGUGAAGACGAGGUCUCUUCCAACAGCGGAAGCGAAGAACCAGACGAUUUUGACAGCAUUAUACGAACAUGGAGAACACUAGAAGGCCUGCAGGAAAGGGGUUUGAUCUCUCAACUAGGAGUGGCGGAAUUUGGGAGCGAGAGACUUGCCCGCUUCCUUCCAUACACCAAGAUCAAACCCUCGGUCGACCAGAUCAACCUGAAAGAUUGUUGCGUCGUGCCCAAAUCGCUGAUCCUCUACGCAAAGCAGGAAAACAUCCAACUCCUCACCCAUAACGACUGUAUGGACAUCCUUCCCAUCGGUACGACUCGCGAACUUCUUGGCCCUGGUGAAAAGGGGGCUGGGAUUCUUGCCUCCGCUCCGAAGGCUGAAGAUGGCAUCCAAGGCGAUGUCGAGCCGCAAUGGGUGGUCAAAUAUACAGCCGUAGUCAAAGACCGUGGAGUGGUUGAGAACAAGGGUUAUUUUGCACUUGCAGAUGUAGGGAGUUGUGUGAAACCACGUCCUUGA